AUGCAUGCGAAGUACGUGAUCGAGAAUAAUGAUGAGGCUGGGAUUCGACCAAAUAAGACAUUCCUAGCUUUGGCAAAUGAGGCUGGAGGCUCGUCUAACCUUGGAUUCUCAGAAAAAAAUUUAAGAAACUAUAUAACAACAAGGCUCCGAACUAGCAACGUGAAUGCAGAUGUCAGGGAAAUGAUGAGCUACUUCAUGAGAAUGAAGGAAAUCAAUCCAAACUUCUUUUACGCGGUGAAGUUGGACGAGGAGUGUAAAUUUAGGAGAGCAGUAUGGGUGGAUGCAAGGUGUAGGACGUCGUAUGAAUACUAUAGAAACGUCGUGUCAAUUGAUAGCACCUACAGUACAAACAGGCAUGGAUUACCGUUUGUGUCGUUCGUUGGGGUCAACCACCAUGGUAAGUCGACCUUCCUCGGUUGUGCUUUGCUGGGAAAUGAAGAAAUCCCAAGUUAUGAGUGGAUUUUCAGCCAAUGGUCUAUUGCCGACGAUAAUAUUCGUGGUGGUCCCAGUGGAUGGUCGAGGAGCAGGCGCCUAAUCUUCCAAGAUCGGAUGCUCAGCUGCCACCAGUGCGACGGGUUUACUGGAGACGAUAGCUUUCGCAUGACAAGAUGUGCAAAGGAAGAGGGCGAGGCUGGGCUGCAGUUCGGGUCGCAGGCGUAG